GGCGGCCACCUCGGCAGGGUCUCGAGGCACUUCCGACCGGGCAAUCUGUCAACACCAUUAGAUUUCGACACAUGUUGCGAACACCCUCUGAUUCUCUUGUCGCAUCGCAAGCAACAACUUGGAGAGACAUAGCCGCUUUCGGUCCAAUCAGCGCACCACAGAUGUGCUAAGUUCUCACCCUCCACGCCUCCCUCUCACCCACCACCACCGCUCCAUCUUGGACCGACCCCACCACCAUUAUCCCACCGCGCCUCGAGCGCAUCAUUUCCAACCAUGCCCGAAAAAGAACCCAACGGCACCCACCGCACCCACCACGACGGCAGCACCAACCGGACCUACACCGUCGAACAAAAAGCCGCCGUGCUCCGCAUAAAACGCUGCUCCCCCACCGACUUCUACGCCAUCCUCAACCUCUCCGAAACCAAAACAACAUGCACCGACGCCGACAUCAAGAAAGCCUACCGCAAGGUCUCCCUCCUCACGCACCCGGACAAGAACGGCUACGAAGGCGCGGAUGAGGCGUUCAAGAUGGUUAGCAGAGCGUUUCAGGUGUUGAGUGAUAAGGAGAAGAGGGAGAGGUAUGAUCGGUUUGGGGGGGAUCCGGAGAGUAGGUUCGGUGGAGGUGGGAGUGCGAGUGGUGCCAGUCCGUUUGCUGGGUUUGCUUCGCAGAGGGGACCAGGUGGUGGUGGGGGAAGGGGAGGACCGAUGUUCGAGGAGGAGAUUAGUCCGGAGGAGUUGUUUAGGCAGUUCUUCAGUGGUGGGAUGGGUGGCGGCUUUGGGGGACCGUUUGGCGGCGGCAUGUUCGCCGGCCCCGGCUUCGCCUUCAACAUCGGCGGCGGUGGUGGCGGACCCGGCAUCCGCAUCCACCAAUUCGGCGGCGACAGACCACGACGAAGACCGCAUAACCACGAGAACGUACAACCCGCCUCCCUCUUCUCGGCCCUCCAAUCACUACUACCGCUUCUUCUGCUCUUCGUCUUACCUUUACUCUCCAGCCUCUUCUCCGGAGGCGCCUCCGGACCCAGCGGGCCAAGUAUACGUCUUGACGCCGCCGUACCACCUCACACAUUACAACACGUGUCCAAUCGAUUAAACGUACCAUACUGGGUCGAACCAAACCGGGUGCAAGACUAUACCGCGAGGAAGUGGCGGGAUCUGGAUAAAGUGGCCGAGGGGAAGUUUAUUGGCCAUCUGAGCGCGGAGUGUGAGUGGGAGAUGGCGGAGCGGCAGCGGUUGGCGCAGGAGGCGCAGGGCUUCUUUUGGACAGAUCAGGAGAAGUUGGAGAGGGCGCGAAGGAUGGAAAUGCCGAGCUGUGGGAAGUUGCAGGGGUAUGGGUAUCGCGUGGGUUAUUGAGGGGUGACGAGAUGUGUGUUUUGUGAAGCGUCUUUUGUGGCAUGGUGUUGCGGCGCUUUGCAUAUAUGAACGGUUUGACUUUUGGGAUUGUCUCGAACCGCGCCUGCCGCGAAUUACGACUCGGAUCCAAUCCUGCUCUGCGCCCAUCCUUUGCCCUCCUCUCGCUUGCAACCAGUCACAUCGCGAAACUGGGAGAAGUGCGCGCGGAGCAGCCGUAUGUCGAUCCGACUUACUCACGGGAAGCUGCCAGUUUCGUGACAAGCAGGACG